CUAGCAUAUAGCGUGAAGAAGCUAGCACCACACUGGGCACAACAUCGAGCACAGUGGGGUCAGGCCAGCCUAACGAGAAUAAGGUAAAGGCCGGAGGGGCACGAAACUCAGAGGAUUAGAUUCAACAAUUGGAGACAACGGUCGCGAAAGGCUGGAACUUGCGAGUGGUCGAAGCGGCCCCCAAAAACGUCGCCAUGAUAUACAAAGAGUGUAGUUAGGGCCGCGUUGAUAAGGCUGGCGUAUCGCCUCAUUUCUACUUACCCCUCCCCCUCUCCGAAUUGCCAUCAGCUGCAAGCCUUCCCUGGUGUCACUUUUGACAGAAACCAUCAUGACUAAAGAGACCCCCAGUCCGAUGCUGGCGCUGGCCCGUCAACUCGAGGCUGCGACCAACACCCCCGGCCAGCUUCCCCCGCCCAGCGAUGCGCUACACUCGCGACUACUCGCCGCGACGCGUAAUCUCCUGACCAGCCUGGAAACCCCGGAGAGCCAAUUGAUGCAUCUGGCCAAGGCACCUGUGGCGCAUGGGGUGUUACGCGCCGCCCUGCGCAUCCGACUGUUCGAGCGCUUCGACGAGGGCCCUCCCAGCGCCCCGGAUCUGGCGCAACGCUGCGGCAUUGAUGUCGCGCUUCUUGUGCGUCUCAUGCGAACCCUGGCCGCCAUCGGCAUCUUCACCGAACCCAGCCCGGGGGUCUACGCCCAUACCCUACAAUCGCAAAGCCUGCGCCAGCCCCAACACCGGGCCGUGAUCCAGGGCAUGGCCGAGACCGCGACGUUGAUGACGGCGCUCCCCGACUUCCUCGGGACCCACAAAUGGCAGAACCCCGUCGAUGCGCAGCCCACCCUGUUCGGAUUCGCCCACCAAACCGACCAGACCAUGUUCGAGUGGCUGGAGUCGCAGCCCGAGCAGCGCGCCAUCUUCGCCGCCUUCCAAUCCAGCACCGCCGCCCUCGCCGUGUGCCAGCUGCAGCCCUUCCUCCGCAGUCUGCUUAGUGCGCCAUCGGAGGAUUCUUCGAACGAUAGAACCAGAGAAGCCAUGCUCGUCGACGUCGGAGGCGGCCGAGGCGCCGUGCUCCGCCAAGUCAGCGACGAGCUGGAUCCGCCGCCGCGCGGUCGCAUCGUGCUGCAGGACCUGCCCCAAGUCUUGGAGGGGGUGGACGGCGGCGACCGCAUCGAGGUGAUGCCCUACAACUUUCUCCAGUCCCAGCCCGUUCACGGAGCCCGAACUUACCUCUUCCGUCACAUCUUCCACAAUUGGAGCGAUGGGGUGGUCGCGACCAUACUGCAGAACACCGUGGCAGCGAUGGCUCCGUCCUCGCGGCUGGUCAUUGUCGACCUGGUGCUCCCGGACGGAGGAGGCGCGUCCCCCUACGCGGCGUUUUUGGAUGUGAGCAUGAUGGCAUUUGGAGGCAUGGAGCGCACCGAGGCGCAGUGGCGGGGGAUAUUAGGGCGAGCCGGGCUGCAGGUGCGCCGCAUUGAGCCGUUGGAUGCGCUGACCCCGGGGUCGGACCAGGUCAUUGAGGCGGUGCUGGCUUGA